ACCCAAAAAAACCUCCUUCUUUCUCUCUCUAAAAAACCUUCCUUUCUUUCAGAGAGAGACACUGGCCCAGCAGAUCGAUAUUUUUUACAUAUACCCAUCAACUGAUGAUGAUGAUGAUGAUCUAAGCUCCUUCAAUGGCAGUUCUUUUGUUUAUUGUUUCUAAUAAUUGUUACUGUUAAUUAUUAAUUAUUUAUUUAUCAUUCCCACCUGUCUAUUUUUGCUUCAAGAUUCUUGAGUUCAUGGCGACUGGAAGAAAUUGUUCAGUCUUCAAUUCUUGAAGCAGAGGCCAAAUAAGGAUGUGGGUCUAAGGUAUGGGAACAGAAGUACAGUCGAAAAGCUCUUUUGAAGGGUAUUACUCCAUGAGGGAUGUUAACGAGGAUUCCAAUAGUAGUAGCUGGCCUCUCUUUUACGGGGAAAAAGCUUUGAAUAAUGGUCAUUAUUACAACGGCUUCAUACCAAGGUCAACCAUUGCAGAUGCACAUCCGGGGUAUGACAAGGAUGCAUUAAAGCAAAAAAUGCUUGAACAUGAAGACAUCUUCAAAAAACAGGUUUCUGAACUUCAUCGUCUUUAUAAAAGACAAAGAGACAUGAUGGAAGAGGUCAAAAGGAAGGAGUUCCAUAAGCAUCGGGUUUCUAAUGAUGCAUCAUCGUCUUCAAGUCUCUUGCCAUCUCAAAAGCCCUACGACAAAUGGCAAGUACCGAGCUUCCCGUUGGCUAACUCCACUUGUGCUAGACCUUCCAUUUUUGGAGCAGAGAUAAGUAACAAUUCUCCUUUAAGUUGUUCAAAAGGGAAUAAUAGUUCAAAAGAUUGUGAAGUCGUGGAGUGUAGACCUUCUAAAGUCCGAAAAAAGUUAUUCGAUCUUGAACUCCCCCCUGAUGAGAACAUUGACCAUGAAGAACACGAGCAAAUCCAAUAUAAGCAGCAGGCAUCUGAAGAAUCAAGUUAUAAAGCUACUUCUUCUGGUCAAUGUUUUAGGGGGUCUAAUGGAUUGGCUGAUCUUAAUGAACCCAUCCAUGCUGAAGAAGCAAUUGGUCAAGUGUCGGUUGAUGGUCUUAAACCAACGGUAUCACAGUUUCUUGGCUCGACCCAUGAGUUAUCUGAGAAGUCUCAAAGUGGACGUCCUGGUGGGCCGUUCAACCCUUUAGCGAUUGAGGGAAAAGGCAAUGGAAGAGAUUGGUUGUCCAAUACGCGUGAAACAGGGAAUAGUAGAAGCAAUAUGAACUUCACACCAGGAACUUAUACCGAAAUUUCUACAAGAAUUCAGGAUCAUUCCCGUUUUAAUCAAACCCCUUUGCCUUUUGCCACCUCACGUACAUCUGGUUCAUACGCUUUUGUGAAUUCCUCAGAUUUGGGAAAUUCUUGGGGAAAGCCGAAUGGUAGUUUGACUCAUAAGUUGACUUCGUUUCAGAAACAACCGUCUUUUCUGUCAUCUCCGCAAAGCCAUGUGGCUUUUGGAGACAAGUGGCGUACGAAUGGAUGUUAUACACCAAAUGGAAUCUAUCGAGGGUUGUCAUCUGGGUCGAAAGAACCAUUAGCCCGCUUGCCGUCUGGCGGUUUUGAUAAUCGAAACUGCAAUAAUCUUGAAGAUAGAUCACAAAAGAUCUUUAAAGGUUCAAACUUUAUAGAUUUGACGGAUACUACAAAAGGUAUGGACUUGAAUACGGUUGAAACUGUGUCUAAUGACGACAAUAUUGCGAGAAAAGGCAAUCAAACAGUGAUGCCAUGGCUUCGAGCCACACCAGCUAUCUGUAAAAAUGAUGCCCCUUGUGAUCAGUCGAAAAACGAGGAGAAAGUUAAUUCGUUGAAUAAUGGAAAGAUUCUUGGGUUUCCAGUUUUCGGGAAUUCUUGCGUUUCGAAAAAUGAUUCUUCAUCGCUUGCUUCCACCUCUGCAUCCCUUCAUUGCCCUCCUGAAAAUAAAAAUAUAAAGAAGGAAAUAAUGGAACACAGAGGAUUCGACAUAAAUGUCGCUUGGGAUGAUCCUGAAAACAAGCAGAUUGAUCCGGAAGCUUCUAAUCUUGAGAAAGAAACAGAUACAGAAAUCGAGAAAAUCAAGAAUCACUUCGACUUGAAUUCAUGUGUGACUGAGGACGAAGAUUUUCUGGUACCAGAGUCUGUUAAAAGCUCGAGUGAGAAAAUGAAGAAGAUAACAAUGGAGAUAGAUUUAGAAGCACCUGCUGUUCCGGAGGUUGAGGAAGAAUCCGCCAUUGAUGUGGUCAAUAAAUUUGAUGUUUGCAAAGACGAAGAGCUUGCAAAAGUUGCAGCCGAAGCGAUAAUUGAGAUAUCCGGUCAGCAAAAUCAAGCGGGACCUAUGUCUGAGGUGGCGAUUUGUUCAGAUGAUAACGCUCGCCUCCUAUGGUUUGCAGAAGUCAUCGAAAACGUGGGUCCCGUCUGUAACGAGUUGGAUGAAUUCGAGCAGUUGACUUUGCAACUAGAGGAUACUAAAGAAGAAGAUUACAUGCCCAAGCCUUUGGCUCCUGAUUUCCGGGAGCCCGAUGAAGCGGGCCCGUCGACGGUCCCGUCCCGACCCCGAAGAGGUCAAGCACGGCGAGGUAGGCCCCGGAGGGAUUUCCAAAGGGACAUCCUUCCCGGUCUGGUUUCUCUUUCAAGGCAUGAAGUAACUGAAGAUCUUCAGAUAUUCGGAGGGAUGAUGAGAGCUACUGGGCAUUCAUGGAACGUAGGACUGACAAGAAGGAACGGAACCAGGGGAAGGCGGAAGGCCGUGGCCGUGGAGCCACCUCCUGCCGCCACUCCACCACCUCCCCCGCCACCACCACCACCACCACCACCACCGCCGCCGCCCUUGUCGGAGCAGCUCAACAACAUGGAAAUGGUGGGAUUGGAGGAAAGAAGCUUAACAGGGUGGGGGAAGACAACUAGACGUCCCCGGAGACAACGAUGUGCUGCGGGUAGUUCGGUGGCGGUCCCGUUAACGUAAUUUUUGUGCAUUUUAUUAUUAUAUCUACAUGAACUCUGAAUUACAGAGGGAGGUAAAGCAAUUUAGGGGAAGCUGAUUUAUGGCUUGUUGAGAGUGAAAAAUUGUUGUGGGGAAUGCCAUUGUACAUGUCUUUCUGUCAUAUCCCGAAAUCCGGGCCGACCCGACCCAAUCCAUGUUUGUCGUGUUUCUUUUUGCUAACUUGGUAUUAUUCAGAUAUUUCAUUUUGAU